CAAGCUUGGUAGGUACUGACGCAACCCACCUGGUGCCUUCAACAAACUUGUCCUUCAACAGCCCGUUUCGCAACGAGGUUUUACUCCCAACACACUGCAAAACCCAGCUACACCAGAAUAUUGCAGCAAGGCCGACCUGAAUCACAAACACAACGAUGGCGUCAAUACCCGUCACCGUUAGCCACCAAGGCACAAAGUACCAAGUCGAGAUCGAUACCUCGUCCAAUGGCGAAACCUUCAAGUACCAGCUCUACAGUCUGACCGGCGUUGAACCCGAGCGACAAAAGAUUCUCGUCAAGGGCAAGCAAGUCAAGGAUGACGACGACAUGGCCAAGUUCGGCCUCAAGGCCGGCGCCACGCUGAUGAUGAUGGGCAAGCCUUCCGGCGAGAACGCAGAUCUCGCUCGACCCAAGGAAGCAGUCAAGUUUGUCGAGGACAUGACCGAAGCCGAAGCAGCCCAGCAGGAAGGAGCUACUCCCGCAGGCCUCACCAAUCUGGGCAACACCUGCUAUCUUAACUCGACCCUCCAGACCCUCCGAUCGAUCCCCGAACUCCAGACGGCCCUGACCACGCACAAGUCGGGUAGCGGUGGUGCCGGCAGUAGCUUUGGCCUCACUUCGACUGAUAUCGCCACCCAACUUACCGAUCUCUACAAGAACAUGUCGGAAACACAGGGUGCCAUUCCCCCGCUGACUUUCCUGAGUACACUCCGCAUGGUCUACCCCCAGUUCGCCGAGAAGUCCAAGACCGGAGCCGGAUAUGCUCAGCAGGAUGCCGAGGAGGCCUGGUCUCAGAUCAUUUCCCAGUUGAAGCAGAAGCUCUCCGAGUCUGAGGGUUCUUCGUUUAUCGACAGGUACAUGGCUGGAGAGCUUCAGUCAACUCUCGAGGCUGAUGAGCAGGCUGCCAGGGAUGGUGGAGAGGAGCCUGUCAAGUCAAGCGAAUCUUUCCUCAAGCUCAACUGCCACAUUGAUGCCUCAAUCAACCACCUUCGCGACGGUAUUAUGGCUGCUUUGACUGAGAAGUUGGAGAAGAAGUCUUCCGUUCUGGAUAGAGACACGACUUACACGAAGAAGUCGCAAAUUUCGAGGCUUCCCAAGUAUCUUACGGUCCACUUUGUGCGAUUCUUCUGGAAGCGAGAGGUGCAGAAGAAGGCCAAGAUCAUGCGCAAGGUCACUUUCCCCCACGAACUUGACGUUGUUGAGUUCUGCACUGAUGAGCUGAAGAAGGCUCUUAUUCCCGUGCGCGACAAGGUUCGCGAGAUUCGCAAGGACGAAGAGGAUAUUGAGCGGGCUCGCAAGAGACGCAAGAUCAACCCUAUCGACCGAGGCGAUGUUGCUGGAGCUUCUGGAGGUCCCGAGGGCAAGACAGCUCUGGAAAAGGCCAACGAUAAGAAGGCCGAGAGAGCUGGAAAGCCCGUGGCCAGCACUUCUGAUGGCGACACAGAGAUAACUGAGACUUUCAAGACUGACGCCGAGGUCGAAGCCGAGAAAGAUGCGGCUCUCACUGCUGCCAAGAAGGAGCUCUAUGCUCUGGUGAACCAGGAUCUGGCCAAGGACGAAGGCGCCAACCAGUCUGGAAUCUACGAGUUGCGUGGCGUCGUCACUCACCAGGGAGCAAGUGCCGACAGCGGUCACUACACUGCCUAUGUCAAGAAGACUGCCCCUGUCGACCCAAAGACCGGCAAGAAGGGCGAGGAGGACGGCAACUGGUGGUGGUUCAAUGAUGACAAGGUGUCCGAGGUGACCCCUGACAAGAUCGAUGCCUUGGCGGGCGGUGGCGAAUCGCACUCUGCCCUCAUCUGUCUCUACCGAGCCAUCCCUCUUCCGACGAUUGAUAAUGAAGGCAAGACCGAGUAGGAAAAUCCAGCUGCUCAGAGCUCUUGAAGGGCAUCGACUUGGCGUUUUCGAGCGAUAACGAGGUUAUGGGAGGCAUGCAAAACAAGCCGGUGACAAAGGGAUAAAUCACUGUAAGGCAUAGAUAGACGGAUUGAUGAAUGUAAUGGAUGCCGUUCAUUACGCAAAGUGGUGAUCGCUACAAUUAUUCCUUAUUUUUGUGUACAGCUUGCGAAUGGUCUUUGAUCGACCUGAUUAUACAAAAUUACCCGGGGAGCCCACCAAGGCCCUACGCGUGGGUUGGUCGCUUUUGCGCCGCCGCCGAUCGUGGUCUUUUGCCUCGAUCUACGCGGAUCCAUUUGGAGCAGCAUUCCUUAUCCAGCUUGGAUGUGCUUACUGCUUGAGGCCGAACUCUUGUUGGCCAUGACAGAACAUCAGCAUAUCAGACUUUUCAUAACGUCCGUGGUUAGCUUUGUGGCUUCUUAGCCUCUCCCUCUUUUAUCCUCUCAUCCAAAUACUCGAGCUUUCUCUCCCACUUCCGGCGCUCUGUAACUAACCGGCCACGCUGGCCCUGCAGGAGAGAAAUUUGCUCAUCGUACGGAGACUCCCAGAAGCUUUGUCGUUCCUGACGAGGAAGAAUUUGUCAGUUUCUCGCGAUGCGACUUCCUCUAUCAGAAAUGCUCUCUUACCUCUUUCCAUUCCUUUUGUGUC